CCUCACAAAAUCUUCGCUGCCUUCCCCUUCGCCUACCUUCAAUGUUCACGAACUAGAUCCUCUCACCAAAUCGGCUGCUCUUGACUCACCGUGGAUGCACUGACCUAGUACAAACACACGGUCUCUCAACUCUAAUAUAUAAGUACCCCCCUUUGACCCCGCUACACACUACUCUUCUCCUUCAAUUUCUCUCCACAACUCAAACUGUCAAUAAUAAACACAAGCCACUGGUAUCCAUUGCCAUCUCCAACAUGAGGCUCCAAGUCCUCCUCUUCACAGCUGCCGGCUUGCUUGCAGUCGCCAGCUCCGCCGCUAAUCUCCCAGCUGGUGCCUCACCUUCCCAUGUUCGCGAUAACAAGAUCGAAGCCGGCGCUCCUGAGGUUCACGUCGCUGAUCUCGGUGAUGAUGCUCGCGUGAAGGACAUCGUCCAGAUCGCUAGGGCUGCUGAUCCGGUUCCUCAACUCGACUGCGCGACGAACUGCGAAGGCCCCAGGAUCGCCUCUGCGCCUUACAACUAA